AGAUUAGUUCUUAAUAAAUUGACAUUAUUAAUAGUCGUAUCCAUAGAGCAUAAAAUUACUUAUACUGUACACAUAGAACACUUAAAAGUGGAGAUGUGUUUUCACAUUUUUACUAUUAAGCGUACAAUCUAUUUAUUUGAUUAACUUAGAUCAUUUUAUAUGGUAUCAUAGUUGUAAUUUGAAUUUGAGAGUACUAAUUAACCCUUAUAUGAACUUAUUAGAGUAAUUCUCAACUAAAAUUAUACUAAUGGAAAAUAUGAUAAAACGGACAAGACCUCAAUACCCUUAAUAUUGCACACAUAUGCAAAAUUGCAAUCCAAAGCCAAUGUAAUGCAAUGGAUGAGCCACACAUCUGGUCAUUUAUGAUCCAUCCACAAAACCCAAAAACAUCCAAAGCUAGAAUACAAUAAAGAUAAUACCUUAUCCUCAAAAUUCAAUAGCUACCAUAUUCAAUGAUCAUCUCUACCUCCCUUUCCACCACCAUCACCACCUCCUAUCCCCACCUUUUCCUUCCCCGCCGACAUCGCCACCGCCACCGCCACUGCCACCGCAAUUCCUCUCUCACCCUUAAAUCCACCCUCGCCGACACCAACACCUCACCGCACGCCGCCACAUCCACCGUCAACGACCCCAAAUCCGCCAUCAUCAUCGGCGGCGGCCUCUCCGGCCUCUCCGCCGCCACUCACCUCCACUCCUCCGGCGUCCCUUUCCUCCUUCUCGAAGCUUCCAACGGCGUCGGCGGUCGUGUCCGUACAGACGUCGUCGACGGCUUCCUCCUCGAUCGAGGCUUCCAGAUCUUCAUCACUGCUUACCCUGAAGCACAGAAGCUUCUCGAUUAUUCUUCCUUAGACCUCCAGAAAUUCUACUCUGGAGCUCGAGUUUACUACAAUGGCGGAUUUCAUACUGUCGCUGAUCCUGUUCGCCAUUUAUGGGACUCCAUUGGAACCCUAGGUAAUCCCAUUGGUACAAUUUUUGAUAAAUUGCUCAUCGGAUUAACUAGAAUUAAGGUUUUAACCAAAUCAUUUGAGCAAAUUGUUGUUGCUGAUGAGGUUCCUGUGAUUGAAUUGCUGAGAAAUUCUGGUUUUUCGGAUUCGAUUAUUGAUAGAUUUUUUAGGCCAUUUUUUGGUGGGAUUUUUUUCGAUCGAGACCUUGAAACAUCGUCGAGGUUAUUCGAUUUCAUCUUUAGAUGCCUCGCAUUGGGAGAUAAUACGCUUCCUGCAAAAGGAAUCGGCGAAAUACCGAAUCAAUUGGUGUCAAAAUUGCCUCGAGAUUGCAUUAGGUUGAAUUCGAGAGUCGUAUCGAUUGACAUUGAUGAAGAAAAAAGGGUUAAUGUGAGGUUAGAUAAUGGGGAGAGUUUGAGAAGUGAGAUUGGGGUGAUUUUAGCAGUUGAAAAACCAGAAGUUGAAAAGAUUUUAGCGGGAUAUUUGUUGGAGGGAGUAAAUAAACCGGGUAAUAAAAAGCCGGGUCGGAGUACGGUUUGUUUGUAUUUUUCUACAGAUCAGGAUAAACUCCCAACCUCGGACCCGGUUUUGUACCUUAAUGGGUCGGGUCGUGGGAUUGUGAACAAUAUGUUUUUCGCUACUAAUGUUGCCCGGUCGUAUGGCCCACCUAAUAAGGCGCUGGUGUCAGCUACGUUGAUCGGAUUGUAUGAUGAUGUGUCGGAUGAUGAGUUGAUUGGGCGGGUGGUACGAGAGCUUUCGGGGUGGUUUGGGGAGUCGAUUGUUGGGAGUUGGAAGCAUUUGAGGACUUAUCGGGUCAAGUUUGCCCAACCAAAUCAAAGCCCGCCUACGGACUUGAUGAAGAGUCCGAGGAUUGGACCUGGGUUUGGGUUGUAUUUGUGUGGGGAUUACCAAACUAGUGCUACAUUUGAUGGGGCCUUAGUUUCUGGUAGGAGAGCUGUUGAAGCUUUGCUUGAAGAUAGAGCAAUUAGUCGACUUCUUUAAAAUGUAAAUUGGUUCAUUUUCACGCCAAAGAUUGACUCAUUAUACUACAAUAGUCCAAUAUAGUGUUUGUUUGCUAGUCGGAGUAGCUGUAUUUGUUGUAAGAAAACUCAAGUAAUUGUAUAGUGAUUAACGCACUUAAGCUGUACUAUAGCCAUCGUUACAAAUUGGGAAUGUUAUUUAGUUGAUUGUAGA